CAGUAUAUGUCCAGGUAUUGGGUCAUGUGUUGACGACGCCAUGUUGUAUAAACCGUACUAUUACCCCGAAAUUCCGGAAGAAGGGCGUCAUAAGAAGAACACGUUUUAUAAGAACAUAAAGGAAGAUAUCAGGGAAUCCGAGAGACUGGUUAAAGAUAUCGGAGAACCCGAAAGACUGAUUGAGAAUAUCCAGAAACAAAUCAAGCCUUCGAAGAUACCAGUAGACGAGCUCAAUAAAGAAGCUAUGGGAGAUGUUCCAUGCACUAUCUGUCAAUGGGCGGUAACUGAAAUCGACAAUUGGAUAAAGGAAAGCAAGACUGAGGAUGAAAUAAAGGCAGAACUUACCAGAGCAUGCCAGUUAUUACCAGCCGGAACCAAAGACCAGUGGUCACGUUUGUAGAACAGUAUGCUAGUAUUAUCAUCGAAAUGCUGGUGAACGAAGGUUUGGAACCAAACCAAGUUUGUGACAAGUUAGGGUUGUGUAAAACCAGGAAUUAUGCAGAAGAAGUUACCGCGACUGAAGACCAAUGUUACGUUCCCAACAUUCAAACAGAAAAGACUUCGACCUUGAGAGCUAUAUGGGCAUAUGGUACAAACUGUCAUCAUACGACCUCAGUAUUGAACCAGCGAAGCCAGACAUCGAAAGAAUGCUACUGACACUUCAAGAUGAUGGUACCGUUCUUAUAGAAGAUCCUGGACUCAGAGAGGAGAAUGGUCAAUGUUCACAAUUGCCAUUUAUUGGAAGAGCUCGACCAUUGGAGAACAACAACGCUGUUUGGCAAGUGAAGUUACCGGAUGAACCAUCUCGCAUCAUUCGAGUGGUGAGCACCAAUUAUAUUGACUUUUCCAUCGUCCACACGUGUGCACAUGUAACCCCCGGAAACGUCUGCCCAGAAGACCAAAUAGUGAUCGACUAUUACAGCAGAAGUUCAACAGAACUGGCUUCUGACAGAAUUUCUUACGAAACCAUGCAGUACAUAUUAUCCGAUGCGUGUUUUGACCCAUACUUCGAUGGCAUGGAGUACAGAAAUAUAUUGAAAGAGCCUUGCUCCGAGAAUACAUGGAGACCUGUAGUUAACGAGGUUGAUUUUCCACCCGUGGCCAAUACAGGACCAAAACGUGUUGUUGCAAUAUCAAGAAGUUACGUUCUCCUGGAUGGAUCACAGAGUAGUGACGAUAACGAGAUUGUUUCUUAUGAAUGGGCUAAAGACGUGGGUGGCUCAGCUGAUAUGGAGGGAAUAAGAACGAACAAACUUCGUGUAUACAAUCUGGAAAAGGACGUGUAUGUAUUUACGCUGACCGUAACUGACAACGCUGGACAAGUUGAUAGGUCACAAGUAACUGUUUCUGUUGAGUCAGAAUCAAAACGAAAAUCUCCAAAAGAUAAAUCAUUAUACAAAUUGGACAGACCAAAGAUCGAUGACAAGACCCCAGUAAAGACUGAAAAGUGUGACAUGUGUAAGAUGGCUGUACAGGAGCUUGAUACUCUAUUAGAGAGCAAUAAGGAUGCAAUUAAGAACUUUGUUGAAUCCAUGUGUGAUCGUAUUCCAGACCCGCACGGUUCACAGUGUCACCAGGAAGUAGAGGAAAACUUUGACAUGAUUAUUGAGAUGCUUGAAUCAACCAUACUCAAACCAGACACUCUGUGUACUAGUAUUGGUUUUUGCCAGACAACCACUGUCGAAGAUAUCAUGAACGAAUAUGCUGUGUAUUAAUGUUGACAUUAAUGUACUGCCCUCAACCCGAAUUACAUGUUUAAGACUCGUUCCUUGUUUCGGGGUUUUUGUACAACAACAUUCACCCAUUGAGAACGAUUGUAACGCAAAGUCCCAUAAGCCAGGUACGAGCCCAUUUUAAGCUUUGUUAAAAUGUGAUUAAUAAUGUCAACAUACAAUAACUUUGUUCUCGCAUAAGUGUAAUAUUUGAAGUGCAAUAAACGAACAUAAAAUAGCAACA